AUGUCAGAAGCCGCCCAAAGCCCAGGUUUAGAAGAAAGACUCCCGGCCGAUGCUAUCCCCGGGCUAUUCCACGGCAUGUCCACUGGCUCUGUCCUCGGCGGUGUCGGCAUGACCGACUUCGACAACGGCGAGCCCGAAGGCUGGAGCUUUCAACCUUACCCACUCAACGAUCUCACUGAGGACGACGAGAAGAGGGUCAUGGGUGCCAUCUGCGAUACGAGGGUGCAUUAUCAUCCUCGGAGAAUGCACUUGACGUUGAAUCGGCCUAUCCCUUCAGCAUCAGCCCUGGAUACGGGCGCAGAUACAGAGUAUACACAGGCGAUCGAUCCAGAGCAGCAGGCCAUCACAUGGAUCGAGUUUGUCAUACCGCCCGACGAUGCGCAAGCUGAAUAUACAGUCGAGCGAGAAGAGGAUGGCUCUCGCCGGGUCAAUGUCAUCACCUCCGCCAGUCCUGGACGCGAACCACUUCUUACUGAAGUGACCUGCUUCCACCCAGUGCGGAACAACCGCACCAUGGCAACGGACGGCCCUCUCAUCCGUGGGGACGAUAUCUACGUGACAAAAGAGUAUAUGGAAAUCAUCUCUGACCUGCCUUCUGACAAAGACCGGAUGGAUCAUAUCGAGUACGAAACGAUGACGUCUUUCAGCUUGGAUGCGAGCUACUUUCCUGCUGCAAAGAGGGUGACGAGGCCUGCGGCUGCUGACAACUUUAGCUACGUGACAAUCCGGCAUAAGGAUAUGAAUACCUUCGCAGAAGUACAGUUCCUUGUAACUGCAGACGCGUCAAAGAGGGCGAGAGAGGAAGAGUGGGAGUCCAGGAUGUUUAUGGACUUGUCAGUUGCGACGAGGGCGGAUGAGGCUGUGGUGACGCCUGCGUAG